CAUAUCGUCUAUGUGAGUGCUGGAACUAACAGGAAUAUUGUUUGUGAAUGAAUUGUGUUAAAAUUUAGUUUGUUUCACGAGUUUUCACUACGCUGGUGCUGUGCGUAAAGAAGUUAGAAUUUACUUUCCUGAAAAAAUUAGCUUAUUUGACGUAUUUUCCCCACAAUUUCAGAACACAUUGGAAAAUAUGUUUAACAAAAUUGAGCCUAACGUAAACCUUAGAGGGUGAACUAAACUCUCUUUUCUGUUGUAACUGAAAUAGGUAUAGAAAUCACCGCUGAAGACUAUGAGGGGCCUUAAAAGAUUAUGUUGUGACGUUACGCUAGUAUUAAUAACUGUGUUUGUCACAGUAAUGAUUUUUAACUUCACAAGACCUAAUGAUUAUCUUGACUCUUCUUUGUAUGGUUACAAAGUGAAAGUUGUUAAACCUACCCCUCAUGAUAAUCUGUUAAGGAUGAAGAAGCAUAUAAAAAAUCCCUCUCGUACUGAAAAAGAGGUGAAAGAUCAUACAUCAAAAUAUAUAUACAAAGUGGAUUGGCACGAUUACCGUCAAAUUGAUAAUGAUGAGGUCAGAAGUGGUAAUGGAGAACAUGGGAAACCCGCAACACUUCCACCUACAGUUACUGACAAUGAAAUACAGAAUUUAUACAAAGUGAAUGGGUUUAAUGCGCUGCUAAGUGAUCACGUAUCACUGAACCGAUCUCUGCCAGAUAUUCGGAAGAAAGAAUGUCAGAGGAAGCAGUACAGAUUGGACUUGCCCUCCGUGAGUGUGAUUGUUCCGUUCCACAACGAACAUUGGAGUACGUUGCUGCGAACAGCGUGGAGUGUAGUCAACCGAUCUCCUUCACACCUACUGAAGGAGAUCAUCCUCGUAGAUGACUUCAGCUCAAAAGACCAUUGCAAGAAGCCACUAGAUGACUACGUCGCCCAACAUCUGCCCAAGGUGAAGGUGAUACACUUGCCUCAGAGAGAUGGUUUGAUCAGAGCUCGUCUGGCUGGAGCGAAAAUAGCCUCUGGUCAGGUACUGGUGGUUUUAGACUCCCACAUCGAGGCUAACAUUAACUGGCUUCCUCCACUACUAGAACCGAUUGCAGAGGAUUAUCGCACUUGCGUGUGCCCCCUCAUAGAUAUAAUUGAUUAUGAGACGUUUGCGUAUAGUGCCCAAGACGAGGGUGCUCGGGGAGCUUUUGACUGGGAGUUCUACUACAAGAGACUUCCUUUGCUCCCUGAAGACCUCAAAAACCCCGCAGAGCCUUUUAGAUCACCAGUGAUGGCUGGAGGAUUGUUCGCUAUCAGUGCCAAGUUCUUCUGGGAGCUCGGAGGUUAUGACCCCGGCCUUACCAUCUGGGGUGGGGAACAAUACGAGCUGAGCUUCAAGAUCUGGCAGUGCGGUGGGCGGAUGUUCGACGCUCCUUGCUCCCGCGUCGGUCACAUCUACAGAAAGUUUGCCCCUUUCCCAAAUCCUUUUCCAAAUGGUGGGAAUUUUGUCGCAAGAAACUUUAGAAGAGUGGCAGAGGUGUGGAUGGAUGAGUAUGCAGAGUAUCUGUACAUGCGGCAGCCCCAUAUCCGCUCCAUCGACCCAGGGGACCUUACUGAGCAGAAGGCCGUCCGUGAGCGUCUGCAGUGCAAACCCUUCCGUUGGUUCAUGGAAGAGGUUGCCUUCGAUCUUGUCAAGAAGUAUCCUGUCAUUGAGCCUCCACAUUUUGGCUUUGGAGAGAUAAGAAAUGGUGCGGCCAGUUCACUAUGCAUCGACACUAAAAACAAAGGAGAGAAUAUGUCUUUCGGCUUGGAUGAUUGCAUCAGCGAUCAUUCAGGAAAAUCUGGAGAGCAGGAGUUCCUACUGACUUGGCGAAAGGACGUCCGCACCAAGAGUCGAAACAUGUGUUGGGAUGUCAGUGCUCCUGGUGACAAAGCACCUGUACUUCUCUACAACUGCCACGGAGACCAAGGAAACCAAAUGUGGAGAUAUGAUGUGAACAAGAAGUGGCUGGUGCAUGGUGGCAAUCUAAGAUGUCUAGACACAGAUCUUCAUAAUAUCUUUGUAUCAACUUGUGAUCCGAGCUCCGAGACUCAACACUGGCACAUCACCAAUGUCAACUACACUGCUUUGGCAAAUUGGGAUAACCCAGGACCACAAUAAAAA